AUGGAUGGAAUAGAGCACAAAUAUGUUAAAGUGAGUGGUCUAAAUCUCCAUGUAGCUGAUAUUGGACAUGAAUCUUCUCCGGCUGUUGUGUUUUGCCAUGGAUUCCCAAAAAUUUGGUAUUCUUGGCGGCACCAGAUGAUCGCUUUAGCUACUAGAGCUGGUUUCAGAGCCAUAGCAUUUGAUUACAGAGGAUAUGGCUUGUCUAAUCAGCCACUCGAACCCGAAAAGACCACCUUUUCUGAUUUUGUUAACGAUAUUCUUGGACUCCUUGAUGCUCUCAACAUCUCUAAGGUUUUUCUAAUAAUUAAAGAUUUUGGAGCUGCUGUUGUUUCCUCCUUUAUCCUUUUCCACGAGGAGAAGGUUGUCGGAUUUGUAACGAUAGGCGUCCUAUUCGCGGUCGGGAGUCCUUAAGAAUCAUAACCACUCCCUGAGGGCUUCUAUGUUUAUAGAUGGAGAGAGCCUAGACGAGCAGAAGCCGAUUUUGGUAGAUUUGAUGUUAAAACAGUUGUAAGAAACAUUUACAUCCUUUUCUCUAGAAGUGAAAUGCCAAUAGCCGAUGAAAAGCAGGAAAUCAUGGAUAUGGUGGAUUCAUCAACUCCUUUACCCCCUUGGUUUACAGAACAGGAUCUUCAAACUUAUUGUGUUUUAUAUGAGAAGUCUGGAUUCAGAACUGCAUUGAAGGUUCCUUAUAGGUCAUACGGAGAACAAACAAACAAACUACCAGUUAAUCCAAAAGUUCAUGUUCCAGCACUGCUGAUAAUGGGAGAGAAGGACUAUGUCUUAAAAGCUCCAGGUAUGGAAGAGUACAUAAGGUCUGAAAAGGUGAAGGAUUUUGUACCAAAUUUAGAGAUAGUGUUUAUUCAUGUAGGAACUCAUUUUGUUCAAGAGCAAUUUCCAGAGGAAGUCAAUCAACUUGUUCUUAGCUUCCUUAAAAGUCAUAGUCAACCUUGA